AUGAUUCCGGUUCGUAACAAAGAGAGGCUUCCUCGUUAUCAGGACGAACCAUUUCGCGCGCUGGACGAGCCUAUUCGCGUCAAGGUCAACAUAAUUCAAAACAAGGACGAAUACAUUCGUAUUGAGGUAAAAAAGAUUCGUAACAAGGACGAAUACAUUCGUAUUGAGGUAAAAAAGAUUCGUAACAAGGACGAAUACAUUAGUAUUGAGGUAAAAAAUAUUCGUAACAAGGACGAAUACAUUCGUAUCGAGGUCAAAGAGAUUCGUAACAAGGACGAAUACAAUCGUAUCGAGGUCAAAAAGACUCGUAACAAUGACGAAUACAUUCGUAUUGAGGUAAAAAAGAUUCGUAACAAGGACGAAUACAUUAGUAUUGAGGUAAAAAAUAUUCGUAACAAGGACGAAUACAUUCGUAUCGAGGUCAAAGAGAUUCGUAACAAGGACGAAUACAAUCGUAUCGAGGUCAAAAAGACUCGUAACAAUGACGAAUACAUUCGUAUCGAGGUCAAAAAGAUUCGUAACAAGGACGAAUACAAUCGUAUCGAGGUCAAAAAGAUUCGUAACAAGGACGAAUACAAUCGUAUCGAGGUCAAAAAGACUCGUAACAAGGACGAAUACAUUCGUAUCGAGGUCAAAAAGAUUCGUAACAAGGACGAAUACAUUCGUAUCGAGGUCAAAAAGAUUCGUAACAAUGACGAAUACAUUCGUAUCGAGGUCAAAAAGAUUCGUAACAAGGAUGAAUAUAUUCGCAUUGAGGAGUUUAAAAAGAAGAACACUCGUUCAACCAUUAACGGCAGUUAUCAGACCCAGAAGAUGGAGAUGGUUGGGCCAUGUGCUAGGGAUGAGAGCAGUUACUUUGGCAAGGACUGCUGUCUGAUGGACAUGACAGGGCUAGAGAAAAAUGUCAGAUGGACACCACAGGGCUAG